AUGGCUGACGACGCGAAGGACCCCGAAGUCGCCUCGGGAGCGGCAGAAACUCCCGAGCAGACACACAAAGAAGAAACCGGAAACAAAGACUCCACGACACAAGAAACUACUCUUGCUCAGCAGCCACAAGAAGAGGAGGAAGAAGAAGUCGUGGAGGGUAAUUGGAACACACGGAAGGUUGAAGUCAAGGAGAUCAAGGUAGUCACCGGAGAGGAGGAUGAAGAAUUGUUCUGGCAGCAACGUUCCAAGCUCUAUCGCUUCGCCACAGAUACGGAUGGCGAGCAAGUGUGGAAGGAGCGUGGGCUGGGCGAAUCUAAGCUGCUGAGGCACAAAAAAACUGGCAAAAUACGGUUCCUGUUGAGGCAGGAAAAAACCCUUAAAGUUGUUGCCAACCAUUAUGUCCUCGAAACGGAAUCGCUUUGCAAGCUCAGGCCGAAUAUCGGUAGCGACAAAAUUUGGGUAUGGACCGCGAACAACACAUACGAUGAUGAGAGCAAGGUAGAACAGAUGGCACUUAAGUUCGGGCAGAUCGAACAUGCAAAGCUAUUCAAGGAAAAGUUCGAGGAGGCGGCAAAGAUUAACAAGGAAAUAUUCGAAUCCGAAAAUGCCAAAAGCUGA